GUUGACAUAGACAACCCUUAACACUGCCAAGAACCACUAUUAAUAUGGAACUAAACUCUAUAAUUUGAUAAACCACAUCCACCUUCUUAAAGACAAACAUAAACACUAGAGGAUUUAGCUAAUGGCUUCUUUUAUUAGUUCUAGAUUAACCAUGAUCAGUUUUGUAAUAUUUCUCCUCGCAAUUUGGAGUGUCAAUGCACAACUUUCUACGAGCUUUUACUCAAGCUCUUGUCCCAAACUCUCUUCCACAGUGCAAUCCACAAUGCGAUCCGCCAUAUCAAAGGAGGCCCGAAUAGGUGCUUCCAUCCUCCGGUUGUUCUUCCACGAUUGCUUUGUCAAUGGAUGUGAUGGAUCCAUUCUACUCGAUGACACAUCAAACUUUACCGGAGAGAAAAAUGCAAACCCUAAUCGAAACUCUGCUCGUGGAUUUGAAGUCAUUGAUAACAUAAAGACAGCAGUAGAGAAUGUAUGUCCCGGAGUUGUAUCUUGUGCUGAUAUCCUUGCCAUUGCUGCAGCGGACUCCGUUGCAAUUCUUGGAGGCCCAACAUGGAAUGUUAAACUUGGAAGAAGAGACGCAAAGACGGCUAGUCAAUCAGCUGCUAACACAGGAAUUCCAGCACCAACUUCUAACCUGAAUACACUCAUCUCAAUGUUUGCUGCAGUUGGUCUUUCUACCAAGGACUUAGUCACAUUAGCAGGUGCUCACACAAUUGGACAAGCAAGGUGCACAAGCUUUAGGGCAAGAAUCUACAAUGAGACCAACAUAGAUACUUCAUUUGCUAGCACGAGACAAUCAAAUUGCCCAAAUGCAGCAGGAUCAGGGGAUAACAAUUUGGCUCCUCUUGAUCUUCAGACCCCUAUUUCUUUUGAUAACAACUACUUCAAGAAUCUUGUUCAGAACAAAGGUCUUUUCCAUUCAGAUCAACAGCUUUUCAACGGCGGGUCCACUGAUUCUAUAGUGAGUGGAUAUAGUACUAAUCCAAGCUCUUUUUCAUCUGAUUUUGCUGCUGCUAUGAUCAAGAUGGGAGAUAUUAGUCCUCUCACAGGAUCAAACGGGGAGAUCAGGAUGAAUUGUAGAAAAACCAACUAAUAUUUAGGUUUAAAUUAAUAUUAUGGGUCUGAUAUACACAUACAAGAUUAAUAUUUUGAGUGUAGUGAGAUAGUGUUUGUAGUGUAUAAUAAUUUGUUCAAUAUGUUUUUGUAGUUUCUUGUUUCAAUGUACUUCUAAAGAUUGUGUAUUUUCUUUUGUUUUGUUAUGUUUUCUUUUUUUGGUUUCUAUUAUUUAAAAUAUUGUGAGAAGAAAGAUCAGUUUGAUGAUCCACAAGUUCU